AUGCGGCUCCAAAAUGUCUCGCAGAAGACGUUGAAGACCGUUGCCGCGCGCCCCGCGCUUGCAUCCCACGCGCUGUCCCCAUUGCAUCCGUAUCGGCCACAACUCGCAUCAUCGCAAGGCCUACUUCUCCGCUCCACAGCACAGUAUGCCGUUCGCUAUCAGUCCUCGUACCCUGAGCGCAUAGCUAUCCUGGGUGGGGGUAUAGCGGGCUUGUCAAGCGCGUACUUUGUUGCAAGGGAGUUUCCGAACAGUAAAGUGAUCGUGUUUGAGGCGGGGAAAGACAAGGGUGGAUGGAUCAAGAGUCGCAGAGUCGAGGUUGUGGAUUCAGAGGGGAAGAAGGGGAAUGUAUUGUUUGAGUUGGGUCCGAGGACAUUGCGAAAUGCUACUGUCACUGCGGGGUUGAUACAAGACCUCGGUCUCGUUGACGAUAUCACCUUCACGAAACGCACUGAACCUGGCGCAAAGAACCGCUUCAUCUACUAUCCCGACCAACUCAAUCGCCUUCCCUCUGAACGUCCCUCCCUCGCAGACUUCUUCUCGCUAUGGCGGACUGGCAUACUAGGUGGCGCAUUUGGCAUGAUCACAGAACCUAUGAAGCCAAAGCGGCCAGACUCAAUGUCCGACGAGACAGUUGGUUCGUUUCUCGCACGAAGAGUGGACAAGAGGAUAGCAGACAACAUCGUCUCGGCGGUGUUCCACGGCAUCUACGCAGGCGACAUUAACCAGUUGAGUGCUAAGACGCUGUUGAGUAUGCCAUGGCAACUAGAGGGAAGAUACGGCAAUGCUCUUGGAGGCUUCUUCCGCAUGCAAAAUGAAGACCCACGACCGGAGCAGGUCACCCUAGUCCACCCAUACGACCGGGAAAUAGCGAAGGCUAUGAAUGAGGAGAUUGACAUCGAACUGGGCUUUGCAAAGAACCUAAAAGACUCGGCCAUGUUUUCAUUCAGGAACGGAUUGCAGCAGAUGGUCAAGGCAUUGCUGGAUACUGUCGAGAACAAAGGCAAUGUUGAGAUUCGGACAGAGGCACCCAUCCAAAGUUUCAAGCCUCUCAACGAGAAUGGGAAGCUGGGCGUCGAGAUUGUGUCUGGAAAUGAAGGCUCGACGUCAACAGAACCGUUCGAUCUCGCCAUCUCCACCCUUAAGAAUGACGAGAUAACCCCCUACGUCACAGUCAUGACGGUAAACCUCUACUACCCCAACCCCAACCUCCUCCCUGUCGAAGGUUUCGGCUACCUCAUCCCGCAAUCCAUUCCAUUCGAGCAAAACCCCGAGCGCGCUCUCGGUGUCAUCUUCGACUCCUCUGCCGUCAAGGGCCAGGACACAGCCAGCGGUACAAAACUCACAGUCAUGAUGGGCGGCCACUGGUGGGACGGCUGGACAGAAUUCCCCAGCGAAGAAGAGGGUCUGGAGAUGGCGAAGAGCGUCCUCAAGAGGCACAUUGGCAUUACUGAGGAACCAACAGCACACAUUGCGAACCUCUCCCGCGACUGCAUUCCUCAAUAUACACUCGGAUAUGCUGACCGUAUCAAAGAGUUCGCUAAAGGCAUGUCCAGCGAGUUCAAAGGCCGGUUACGUGUUGUAGGCGCCCAGUUCAAUGGUGUUGGCGUGAACGACAUUAUUACUGCGGCGUGGCAAGUGUCAAGGGGUUUGAGGGGAGAGGGCUGGAAGGGAAGGAGUUGUGGAUUGGAUAGGGUUAUGGACGAGAGGGAGUGGAUGGUUGUGCCUGCUAGUGAGAUGGCAUAUGUCAAGAAGGAAGUUGUGCAUGCUGGAAGUGCGGGGAUGGAUCGCAGGGGUGAUGGUGGUGUAUAA